GGCGACCUACCCAAAGGAGCAGAGAGCUUCCCAUCUGAUCAUCCUGGAGAAUUAUGUCAUCAAGGAUUCCGACGCCGAGCUAACACGUUAAGUCAUUUUCCUGUCACAGCUCAGGAUUUUCCAGAGCCCGUACAGAAAACCCCAUCUGUUCCACAGAGGAAGCUCAUGCGACAUCACUCUGUGAGCACCGAGACUCCGCAUAAAAGAAAUUCCAGCACAGAACCGAGCGUGCCUGAGAGCAGUACAGCACAGUGUGAGCAAGCUGCUAACCCGUCUCCUCCUGCCACUGCAACCUCGUCCCCCCUAAUCCUCAGGAAGCUAAGGCACAGCUCAGGUGGAGAGCCCUCGGCAGUGGGCACACAGAAGAGCCUUUUCUACCGCUCUUCCUCUCUACGCAAGAAACUUCAGUCUUCCUCCUCUGUGCCAAAUUUCCUAAAGUUU